GCUGUGCGAGGAGACCAAGCCCUGACCAAGUUACGAAGGCCGCUAACGGGUAGGGGAGCCCGCCCUGCACGUACCCCGAGCCCAGUUUUUCUGCGGCGGGAGUCUGACUCUUGGCUGGCGCUUUGGGGAACUGCUCCGGCCUCGGUCAGGAAGCGAGCAGAGGCUGCCAACGCAAAGGGGAACUCGCUGGGGCGAGCGAGGCGGCGGGGCUGAAGGGGCCGCACGGCAGGACCUGCCCCUUGGGGGCCCUGACCGCGGUGGCUCGUCCUUGCAGGCAGGCCUGCGGGCGAGGGCGCGGGCGGCGGCGGGUACCUGCCGGCUAUGGGUUUCGCGUUCCAGCUGGGCUGCCCCGAGGGCCACAGCGCCCUGCUGCAGCUGCAGGAGGCCGAGCUGCGCCUGCUGGAGGGGCUGCGGAAGUGGAUGGGGCAGCGCGCCAAGGGCGACCGGGACUACGCGGCCCUGCUGCACCAGAUGCACAACCUGGCCGGCAAGCAGGAGAGCAGCGGCGGCGGCCAGGUCGCCCAGUGCUGGUGGUCGCUGGUGACCCAGACGGAGGCCCUGAGCCAGCUCCUCCAGCGCCACGCCGAAGCCCUGGCCUCGGGACCGCUGCACAAGCUGGGCCUGCUCAUCCGGGACAAGCAGCAGCUGCGCCGGAGCUACAGCGAGCAGUGGCAGCACAUGAGCCAGGAUUUCCUCCGGGUACGGCAGGCCGACUGUCCCGCGCUCGGGCCGGCUCCCUUGCGGCGCAGCAGCGUGCCCUGCUGGGCAUUUGAGGCAGCGCAGGCUUGUGAACCGGACCCAGAGGGAAUUGACGUUCGAGGUCAUCCAGUACAACCCCCCCCCCCUGUGCAGGGAGCCUGCCCUUGCAUCACCCCUGAGGCCCCGCCACCUCAGUCUGGAAAUCUCGGCACCACCUUUCAGUGGAUUCAGUGCUCCUUCGCUUCUCCUUGGCUCUUCCAGACCACUCAGCAGGAGCCAGAGCGCCUGAAAGCCCAGUACCGAGCCCAUGUCCGAGACAGUGCCCAGGCCAAGCGCAAAUAUCAGGAGGCCUGCAAAGAAAAGGAGCGAGAGAAGGCCAAAGACAGGUAUGUCCGGAGCCUGUGGAAGCUCUACUCCCUGCACAACCAGUACGUCCUGGCGCUGAAGGCCGCAGAGGUGCAACAUGCCCACCACUACCAGAAGACCCUUCCUGGGGUGCUCCAGUCCUUGCACAGCCUGCACCAGGAAAUGGCGCACAUCACGAAGGUGACCCUCCAGGAGUAUGCCAGCAUCACCAGUCUGGUGCAAGAGGAGAUGGUGACUGUGCACCAAGCGAUGACCAGGGCCAUUGAGCGCCUCCAGCCUGCCGCGGAGUACAAAGGGUUCAAUCCACAAUGCAGGUGUGGGAAUGAGCCCCCUGGAGUGGUGACCUUUGAGAUGAGUCUGCUGGAGGAGACUGAGACAGAGGGCCUGAAAGCCGGGGUGCUCCAGCUAAACGAGCUCACACUGGAAAGCAUGCAGCACACCCUCACCUCACUGGAGGAGGAGCUGACCAGUGCCACGGAGACCACCCGUGGCCAUCACCAGCGGGUCCAGCUUCUGAAGGCUGAAAUCCAGAGCGAAGAGAUGGCUGUGUGCCCCGGAGACCGGAUCGUCCUCCUGGGGAAGCGCCAGGCCUUGCAUGAAGCCCAGCACCUCCACCAGCUUGCCCAGGGCACUCAAGACAAGCUCCUGGCCCAGAGGGAUUUGCUGUGGCACAAGCUGGAUGAGCUGGGGUCCAGGGACCCCCCACCCGCCCCUGCCCUGCAGGAUGACAGUCAGUCGCUGUCUUCUGGGGAGCCAGAGCGUGAUGGGAGCCGGAUACCUGCCUUGGAGGCCCUGAAACAUCAUAUCUCAGGCAUCUUCCGUCCACGCCUCUCACUGCCGCCCCCAGUGCCCCUCUUGCCUGAGGUGCAGAAGCCCCUGGGACAGCAAGCCUGGUACCACGGUGCCAUCCCCCGCAUGGAAGUGCAGAGGCUGUUGCAGGCCAACGGGGACUUCCUGGUACGAGAGAGCCAAGGCAAGCAGGAGUAUGUCCUCUCAGUGCUGUGUGAUGGGCAGCCCCGACAUUUCAUCCUCCAAUCCGCUGACAACAUGUAUCGUCUGGAGGGCGAAGCUUUCCCCACCAUCCCACUGCUGAUCGACCAUUUCCUGAAGACCAAGCAACCCAUCACUAAGAAAAGUGGUGUUAUCUUGGCUAAGCCCAUUGCCAAGGACAAGUGGGUGUUGGACCAUGAGGAUGUGCUGCUUGGGGAACGCAUAGGGCAGGGCAACUUUGGAGAGGUGUUCAGCGGACGCCUGCGUUGUGACAACACUCCAGUGGCUGUGAAGUCAUGCCGUGAAACUCUCCCACCAGAGCUGAAGGCCAGAUUCCUGCAGGAGGCCAGGAUCCUAAAGCAAUACACUCACCCCAACAUUGUCCGGCUCAUUGGAGUUUGCACCCAGAAACACCCCAUUUACAUUGUCAUGGAGCUCGUUCAGGGGGGGGAUUUCCUGACCUUUCUGCGGAAUGAGGGGGCUCAGCUCAAAGUCAAGGAGCUGCUCAGGAUGAUGGAGAAUGCUGCAGCAGGCAUGGAGUAUCUUGCAAGCAAGCACUGCAUCCACCGGGACCUUGCAGCACGGAACUGUCUCGUGACGGAGAAGAACACACUGAAGAUCAGCGACUUUGGGAUGUCGCGGGAACAAGAGGAUGGCAUUUACUCCUCCACAGGCGGCAUGAAGCAGAUCCCUGUGAAGUGGACUGCUCCAGAGGCACUCAGUCAGGGCCGGUAUUCCUCUGAGAGUGACGUCUGGAGCUUUGGGAUCCUGCUCUGGGAAGCCUUUAGCCUGGGAGCUGCGCCAUACCCGAGUAUGACCAACCAGCAGACCCGCGAGGCUGUGGAGAAAGGAAUGCGCCUGAGCACCCCCAGCCUGUGCUCUGAGGAGGUGUACCAGCUCAUGUUGAAGUGCUGGGAGUACGAGCCACAGAACCGGCCAAACUUCAGCGUCCUACACCAAGAGCUGGUUCUCAUUCUCAAGAGGCAGCGAUGAGGCCCAGGAGCCCUGCUGGGUUGGGUGGGGGCUGCAACCCUCUCCUGUCCUGAGGUUGGGCCCAUCCGGCCAGAUCUGCUUCUCCAAACCAUGACUUUGCUCUUGGCAUUGCCUUCCGGUUAUGCGCACCUUGUCCCAGUCUCCAGGCAGCCUCCGCCGGACACUUUCAGCUGCAGUGGCCGGAAGAAGCCUAACCCCUCUUCUCUGGACUCAGCCGCAUCAAAUUCUCUGCAGUGGAAAACUGCUAUAAUAAAGGCUCAGAUACAUCAUUUA